CUGAUUUUUUUCCAUCUGCACGAACGAAUCAUUCGUCAGUUUUCUGAGUCAGAUAGACAAUUGCGAAGCAACGAAAAAUCUGUUCGUAUCCAUCUACAGCUCAACGAUCGAUCAGUUUCAAAUUCGUUAUUCUUUCAAACGCUCUAUAAUCACUGAAUUGAAUCUCACUCGAUAUAAAAUGAAUUCGAGAUUUUUUUUCCUUUUUACAUUACUAUGGUGUUGUAAUUAUGUAGCAGAAGUGAUUUCAACGAAGCAAAAUGCACUAAUCUUCAACCCAGACGAAUCCAAACUCGUAGACAUAAAUCCAGAGGACCAAGAUUUGACAAUAAACCAUCGCUUUAUAACUGCUUGUCCAGCUUCAUCGAAUUCACAAGAUGAAGACAUAUUUAAUCAGCAUGCUUCUAUUACUAGAAACAGUCUAUUCUUACAAAAACUUUACAACGGUGGCACAUUAGCAAACAACAUUGAAUUGGGUAUUUGUGACCAACCACCAAUACCCGAAUUACUACAAGAUAUUACAGACGAUACUUACCACAUUGGUUACGAGUUGUUUUAUGAAAAAGGAACGAUCAAUUUAGAAUCCAAAAACUACAAAUAUAAGGAUCUCUCUCAGGUUUUCGAACGAGAACUAUUAGAUAAUGAUAAUCCCAAUAAGACCUACGUAACUUCAGAAAUCGAUGGUAACAAUACAAUUUUUAGAAUUAAAGGAAAAGAGUCGCAGACACCAAUGAUAUACUAUUGGAUAAAUGUACUAUCAAUCGGUACCAGCAUCAAUUCCAAAUUAGCGAAAACUAUACUCUUCGAAAAAGACACUACUGAUUAUCAAAAUGCAUCUCAAACAAUGUCCUACUGCAAAACUUACUACUUGGAGGAUGGUAAAGUCUUAGACAACGAAAAGCCCACAGCUCAAAUAUCUGCAGACAAUCACGAUAAAACUCCUCGACUGGAAAAGACUCAAAUACUACCGAUGCAAAUGUUCCACACACAAGCUGCAAAACUUGCCACUUGCACUUAUCUGAAUUUCGCCUUCAUAUGGAACACCGUUGCGAAUGAGUCAUUGAAGGAAGUCGAUCUCUUCCUAUACGCGAUGCAUCAACUAUGGCCUUCCGAAAUCGAUUUAUACUUCGGUGUGAUUGGUGUAUCAGAUAAAAUCAGUUCCGAUACGCAAAAUGAGCUUAAAACAGAAGACGAAAGUUUCCUGCAAUUUGCUAUCCCUAAAAUCAUAUUUCGAGUACUAAAAUACACGACGGGAGACAUAACCUAUCAUGUUGCCAUUAUUAUUCAUAACGAUAAAAAUCCGAUACAAGAAACUGAUAGACUUUGUAGCCGAGAUCCUGAAUUAGAAAGUUGGAAAGUUAUAGAGAAUGAAGACACCAACCCUGGAAUGGCUUACGCUUGUGAGCUCACACUAUCUGUAGUCAAUGAAUUGGAUUUUUCUUAUUAUGACACUCCCGAGGCGCUUAUUCUCAAAUUGGACAAAUUUCCUGAAUUUGAUCCGUCCAAAAAAGAAAUCGUCGAACGAAAUGUGUUGGAAGAUAUUCGUAAAAAAAUAGAUUUCAUUAAAACAAUUAAUGCCGAAAAUUAAUUGUAAAAAUGCACAACUCUGUUAAUUUUCAAUUUUUAUAUGUACAUAGUAAAUUAAACGUUAAGAUGUAAAUUAUCAUUACAAAAUAUAGUCUAGUU